AUCUUGUCUCUUACAAUCAUGGCUAGCAAACAAGAUUUAUUAGGAAUGGGAUUUGAAGAGUCCCGCGUUGACUGGGCACUCAGAGCCACCAAUAACGGCAAUAUGGAAGUCGUACUCGACCAUUUAGAGAACAACGCAGAGAGUGCGGUGCCAGCUGAUAAUGAGCAGGACGCUCAGCCCGCCAGCAUCAAAUGUGACGAAUGUGGAAAGCUAUUCAAAGACAAUGCAUUAGCUGGAUACCACGCUGAGAAAUCUGGCCACGCAUCCUUCUCGCAAUCAACAGAACAAUUAAAACCUCUUACUGAAGAAGAAAAAGCUGAACGUCUCAAGGAACUCAAGGCCAAAAUGGACGAAAAGCGCAAGGCUCAGGCUGAAGCAUCGAAGGAAGACGAUAAGAGAAAUGAGAUCAUUAGGCAGCAGCGCGGAAAGGAGGAACAAGCAAUCAGAGAGGAUAUGAAAGCCAAAGAGCUCAAGAAGGAUCUCGAGAAGAAGAAGAAGGAAAAAGAAGAAGACAGAAAGGCUAUGUUGCGCGUCAAGCAGCAAAUAGAGGCUGAUAAGAAGGAGAGAGCUGAGAAGGCGGCCAAGGAGAAGGCCCUGCGUGAAGGAAAGCUCGAUAACGCGACACCUGCACAGCCAGCUAAGCCUGCUCUUCCACGUGUUUCUGCUUCAAACGCUACAGAAACUAGACUUCAAUUGCGUACACCUAAUGGCACACUCACCACCACCCAAAAGGUAGAAAGCACGCUCACAGAUCUUAGUGACUUUGUUGCUACUCAGCAAAUGGUUGAGCCAAGCAGCUUGUCAUUCGCUACGACAUUCCCUGCACGUACCUUCACCGCCGACGAGAUGCGUAAGAGCUUGAAAGAAUUAGAACUUGUGCCAUCUGCUGCAUUAAUUGUAAAGUACACUUGAGAUGAAAAUUUUCAUAAUAGCAUAACUAUGUAAUAAUUGUUAAAUCGAUAAAAUAAUUAUCUUUCAUUGGC